AUGUCACACAGCAAGCGCAAUACCUCGCGUGCGGUAUUUACAUCCCACGAGCGGAAUCUUGCAAAGUCGGCAUGGAACUCCACAAGUGCUCGUCUUUCAAGGGACUCUUUCUUGCCGUUCGCCUCCUGCCGUCUCUGCCUUCUUCCUGCUCGGGAACCUGUCUCCUGUACUCAUGGAGAUAUCUUCUGUAGAGAAUGUGCAUUGAGUAACAUUUUGGCUCAGAAGAAAGAGAUCAAGCGGGUUGAGAAGACAAAAGAGAACGAAGACAGAGAGGCUGAUGAAGAGAGGAAUCGCGAAGAGGAAGAAGCAAAGCAGAGAUCCGUUCAAGAGUUUGAGAAGAUUCAAAUGGGCUUAGAAGCAAAGCUAGGAGGUACAUCCUCUGGCAAGAUCGUUGGCAGGGAAGCUGGAAAGAUAGUUGUGGAAGACGACGUUGUGGACGGAAAGAGGGGAGAAAAGAGAAAAUUCGUGCUCGAUGAAGACGAACUGCUUCGCAUUGCUCGAGAGGAGAGGACGAAAGCAAGGAAAGCCAUCGACCACGAAAAGGCUUCAAAGACAACUUUGCCUUCUUUCUGGGUCCCCUCCAUCACACCAUCGUCAAAUACUAACAACAUUUUGCAUACGAUUGUAAAGAAGUCUAAGCAAUCUCCUGUUUGCCCUGCAUCCCAAGAUAAUAAGCCUCAUCACUACUCUCUUCACACUCUGGUCACAUUGGCGUUCACCGAAGAGAAGGAUGCUUCUACAGGAACCAUCCAGCGCAUUUGCCCGUCGUGUAAGAAGGUUUUAAGCAAUAAUUCCAAGGCCAUGCUCGCUAAGCCUUGCGGACAUGUUCUUUGCAAGAGCUGUGUUGGCAAGUUUAUGACGCCAACGGGUGUUCAUGAUCCUCAUGCGCCGCAGGUUGACCAGAACGUCGUUCAAUGUUAUGUAUGCGAAGCUGAUCUAACCGAAAAGGGAGGUGCUGCAUUGGGCAAAAGCAAGUCGAAGGAUCAGAUCAAGCCGGGCUUGGUGGAGAUUAAAAGUGAAGGAACUGGUUUCUCUGGUGCUGGUGGAAAUACAGUUGAAAAGUCAGGGGUGGCAUUUCAGUGUUGA